AUGAACAGCGUCAUAAAAUGGCUAUACGGGCUGUCUGAGCUUCCAAUCCUCUUGAUUGGAGAAGGGGGCUCGGGGAAGACCUCCUUUUUGUGCCAUCUUUUACACGGCCGCGCUGAAUUUACGAUCCCAACCAUGGGACAUUAUCACACUCCAUUGGAUUAUAAGAAGCGCACACUUUCAAUCUGGGAUACUGGAAUGGGAUGCUUUCGAUAUCCAAAGUGGUUGGACUACUUUUACACCCCAGAUACAUCAGUGUUGUUCUUUCACGAUUGCACCUGGGAUGAGGAGAUGACAGAUCAAAGCCUCCAGACGCUCUCACGCAUUGGCACAGAGAUGCUAACGGUGGGCUACAGGAGUUGCUGGGUCAUUAUAAACAAGCAAGACUCCGUGUCUGCACCAGAAGCCGACCGCUUACGCAAGCUCUACAAUAAGAAGUUGAUGGAUAUCUUCAAUAAUGAGGCUAAUUGCAGAGUCAUUGAAUAUCGCGUCAGUACCAGAACCGGCGAAGGUGUCAAGCAGAUUAUAGACGAUCUAUAUGUGUUUGUGACGGGCGCGAAGAAAGAUUCUGACCAGCAAAGUCCCAAUCCGCAACCCUCAAAGCAAAGCCAGAAUCACGCCCCCAAAUACAAAACGCAAAUUGAAAACGAAGGCGCCAAGGACUCACUAAGCAUGCAGGAAUUUUGGCAUCUUUUCCUGAAAGCUGACUUGAUGCAAUGGGGCCACCGCGAUCAUCUGAAGUCAGGAUAUAUUCUCAUACUGGAGUCGUUGAAAGAAGGAGGGAAUGCUUUCGAUGCAACGCAGACUUUCCUCAACCAUUUAAAGAGAUUGAGAAACGCAAAGCCAGACAGCUUCCGGAACACUGAGCAUCGGUAUGAGUCGGUCAAGAAACCAACCCCAAGGGCUACUGACCACAAGAUAUGGGCUAACACUUCUACGUCAAGAACCAUGACGACGUUUUGGCUCGCACAAUUACACAAUGCAAUCAUAAAAUACAAAGUCUAUGGCAAUAAACACGAGUUUCCCUCCUGGAAUGACUUCCAGCAAGUCCUACUACAAACACCAAUACUGAUGAACACCGGUCUUUGGAUGGACUACUAUACGAAAGAGCAUAUGUUCUCGUCAUCAGCACAAGAAUCAUGGUCACUCCCUGAUAUAAAACCCCUCCCUGGGAUGGCAUCAUCAAACAGUCUCUCAAAUCUAGGACAAGAAAAUAACCCCGAUCGGCUCCUCCAAUACGCUUUUACUGUUGUUCAACAUAGUCUUGUCUCAGGCACUCGUCGUGGCCAAGUCACCAAAGAAGCUCUCGAUUUGCUACAGAAAACGACAAUUCGGCUUCGGAAAACCAACUCUGCCAUUCCCCCUUAUUCUGAGACGCAGAUUUACUUCUGGAUUCAAAUCGUCCAUGCAGCUAUCAAAGUAUUCCCAACGGUACCCGGGACCUUGACAGAAGAGAAGUCAAUUCUUGAAAUUCCUGCAUCCCGUCUGAGCUCAGCUAGUUUCAACGCGCUAUUUGACUUGAAAUCAUCUAUUUGGAAGGAGUAUUACUCCGAGAAGAUUUGGAACAGCAUUGCAGCACGCAUGGCUUUUAUCCCACCAGACCUCAAGCCCCUGCCUAAUGUCAUCGACGUAUCAUCCAAAUCACAAGAGAAAGCCAGUCUAUUGAAACAGAUGGAAAGUACUUUGAUACAAAAUGAUUCCGGAAUGCCAAGCUUGGAAUGUCUUUCAUUCCAGGCAAUCUCGACUAUUCGGGAUGCAGAUGCUCUGAUUCAGUCAUCAGAGGCCGACUCUCCUGUGAUUUCAAGCCAUUCUCAUUUGCUGUUAUAUCUGUACAGAAGUUUGGCCACAGAGCGAGAAGAUGGCAACCUGGGGAAGACCGCGUUGGACAAAUCAGAGGAGAUGUCAGGUCCUCGGGUGAACUCGGCUACACACAGGAUAUUCUGGGUACAAAUGUUUGUAGCCGCCUUAAGUCGGGGGCAGUCCACCUCGACUGACGCGCCAGCCUCGCGAACGGAAACUCUCAGCUUUGAGAAUUUUAUCGCGAGCAACCUUCAACUUGUUUGUGAGGACCUUCCCAGGUUGUACUACAGCCCAGAGAUCUGGUACAGCGAGGAGGCCAUUCAGGUCAUGCUUGCACCUGAUAAGCGGAGAAUGGCUGGGUCUGUUAGUUCGACGGGUCAGGAGACAUUCGAUGGCAUGUUCCAUCUUUAA